CAUUAAAUUUAGCUUCCGCCGCAUCAUCAUAUUUGACGCUCCGACUUGUAUGAUCUUUACCAAAUAUUCCUACCUGGCGGUCCUAUGGGCUUUCGUGCUUUCUUGCCAGCUAUUUCCCCGACUUGCAAAAAUCACAUCCAUUUCAUUUGCAAGUCUAAACCUCAGGUUCCCUGCUAAAUCUCUGCGGCAAAGUUCAAUGUCUACGUUCAACUUUUCGUCAUGCCUCAAGUCCCAAAAAGCAGAUUUUCUAGCUGAUAAUGGGGAAGGAUGGACAGUGGUAAUGGGCAAUGAAGCGGGUGAUCUCGAUUCUCUCGCUAGUGCACUCGGAUAUGCUUGGUUGCGCUCCAACACGAGCGGGAAAGCGAUCGCAUACAUAACUACACCUAGAGAGGAUUUUGUCCUUAGAACAGAAAAUUUGCACGCCCUUGGUCUCGCUGGAAUCAACUAACCUUUCGAAGAGCUUUAUUGCUCUGGUGAUCCUAUUCCAUCACACGUGUCGCAAUUUGCACUUGUGGAUCACAACGUCCUUCAGGCCAGAUAUGCAUCUGAAACAGCCAGGGUUGUUGCAGUGAUAGAUCAUCAC